CUGCGCUGGUACGUCGAUGCUUCACUGUCACCUGUACGCGAAACGAACACCUGUUGCCCGGGGGCCUGACAAAAGAAAAAAGAUCGCGUUUCAUGUGGUUUUGGAGGCCCGCACAAAGGCGUAAAGGCCCGGGCUGAAAGAGUCUCACUGUUCCCCGGUUUGGAUCGCGACGCGCACGGAGCAACAAGUUGGAUUUACGCGUUGUUUUUUUUUUUUGUUUUUUUUUUUUUACCAGUGGAUGCGCUGUGGACGGUCGUAGCGCGAAGAGUUUGAUUCAUUUACAGAUUGAACAUGCUGUGGGCCGAGUGAGUGACAGAUAUGAGGUCAGCGAGAACUUUGAGCGCUACGGUUUUGCUUUGCCUGCUGGUCCCGUGUGUACACUCGGUGGUGGUGGGUAAAGCAGGCGGGACCGUGGAGCUGGAGUGUGUGCCCCCUCCCUCUCGCCCUGCCCUCUCCUCUGGCUCCCCCUAUGUGGUGGAAUGGGUACGACAAGGCCUCGACAUGCCAGUGCUCAUCAGCUAUGUCCCCUACCCCUCUCGCCCUCACCCGCACCCGCAGUAUGAAGGGAGAGUGUCUCUGGUUCGGGUCACGGCUCUCAGACUGGGGCCCCUGCGCUUGGAGGACCAGGGCCUGUAUGAGUGCAGGGUGCUCUCACUGGACACAGCCACCAAUGAGCUGCAGAACGGCACGUGGACUCUGCUCUCUGUAACCGCUCCUCCCACUCUCACCAAAGCCCCGCCUCCCGUCAUCGAGGUCCUGGUUGGAAAUCCGCUGUCUCUCACCUGCGUCGCCAGCGGCAACCCAGCUCCGGUGAUCACAUGGUUCAAAGACAACAAAGUACUGCAGACGGGCGGCGUGCUGACGAUGCCCGUGGUGAGUGCCCAGUCCAGGGGUCAGUACUCGUGUGAGGCCUCCAGCUCUCAGGGAAGCUCCGCCCACAGCACCAGGGUCAAUGUCAAAGGACCUCCCGUGAUCAUCAUCCCGCCCAAAAACACCCAGCUCAACAUGUCCCAGGACGCUCUGCUGCAGUGCCAGGCCACGUCCGACCCGCCCAACAUGACCUACGUGUGGCACAAGGGCCACGAGAACGUCUACCACAUCGACUCUCUAAAGUCCCGCGUGAAGAUCAUGGUGGACGGGACCCUGCUCAUCUCCAGGCUGCUCCCGGAGGAUUCUGGGACGUACACGUGUAUGCCCACCAACGGCCUCCUGACCCCGCCCACUGCCUCUGCGAACCUCACCGUGAUGCACCCAGCUCAGGCCCUGCAGACGCCCCAGGACACCUACCUCCCCACGGGUAAAGAGGGCCUGGUCACCUGCCCCACGGUCGCUCAGCCUCCUCUGCUGCGAGUGGAAUGGACCAAAGAUGGAAAACCACUGGACCUCUCUAUGUUCCCAGGAUGGAGGAUGGCUGCAGAUGGCUCUCUGGCCAUGGCCACAGUAAACGAUGAUGUGGGCGGAGUGUACACUUGCACACCCUACAACAGCUACGGAACUAUGGGGGCAUCAGGGCCAAUCACUGUCAAGCUGCAGGACCCCCCGUCGUUCAGCGUGGUCCCAGCGGCGCAGUACAUCGAGGAGGUGGGGAGGAGUCUGCUGGUGCCCUGUCAGCCCAACCGGGACCCCACCGUCAGAGUCACGUGGAGAAAGGUUGCCUCUCGCCCUGUGACCUUCUCCACCACCUCUAAUGGCUCCUUACUGCUGCAGCCCCUGACCAAAGAGCACCAGGGUUUAUGGGAGUGCAGCGCUGCUAACCGCGUAGCCUCUGUCACCACCUCCACUCAGGUCUAUGUGCUCAGGACCAGUCCCCACGCCGCCACUGGCCUCUCCGUUUCCCCCGGACACAAGGAAGCCAACGUUUCCUGGGAGGCUGGCUUUGAUGGAGGAGCUCCGCAGACAUUUUCAGUUUGGGUGAAGAAUGUGACAGCAGGGGGCAGCGAUGAGAAGCAGCAGUGGUUCUCUGUGGACGUGCCCCUCUCCUCUGGCACCAGUCUGCAGGUGGAGGGUCUGAUUCCGGGCACCGUGUACCAGUUCAGCGUGCUCUCCAAGAACAAGAUAGGCACGGGGCCGUACAGCGAGAUCGUCACAGCACGGACGCUGGAUGCCGUUCCGCGGUCGAACACCCUGCUCCCCCCGUCCGCUCUGUCGGCCGGUCGUGACAGCGAGGGGGUCCUCUUACGCUGGACCCCUCCCCUGGACCAGUCCCCCCCGCUCUGGUCUUACGUCCUCCAGGCCCGAGCCGAGGAUGAGGAGGAGUGGCUGACCGUAGACGAGCAGAUCAGCCCUAACCGCAGUGAGACGGUGGUUCCGGGCCUGCACAAGGACCGUGUGUACCGGCUGCGUCUGCUGUCCCGACGUGGAGAGAUGCUGAGCGAGCCAAGUCCAUCAGUCAAUGUCAGCACUGAGGGUAUGGACAUGUACCCGUCCACGUCCCGCCUCUUGGAGUUCGGUCCCGAGCCCUUAUUGGCUGGUGUGCUGGGGGGCGUGGCCUUCAUGUGUCUGGCCCUGGUUCUUCUGCUGGGGGUCGCCUGUCUGAUCAGCCACAAGAGAGAGCGCCGCCGCCGGGAGAGGACACACGAAGCCCCUCCCUCCAUCUACAAACGCUCCUCCUCCAUAAAGACUUCGGGCAGCGGCAGUCCAGACAGUAUGCUGAAGAAAACCCUCCUCCCCUCCUCCAACCUCUACCCCACCACCUCCUCCACCUCCUCCUGCUCUCCCAACGGCUCCACUUACAGCUCCCGGAACAAGCGCCAAUCCUUCUCCGGCCUCAACCGAACCAGCCCCUCCCCGUCCCCGCUCUCCCCCGCCAUCGAAAUGAUCUCCAGAGGUCCCGACGGCCGCUUCGCCACGUCCGAAUACGACACGUUGAGCAUCGACAGCAAGAAAGACUACGACCUCCAAGAACGCCGAUCUAUCUCCCUUCACUCGGACUGCGACGAUAAAGAACCGGCUUACGUUCUGUCCGUCGAUCUUCCGCCUUGCAAGCCACCGCAGUCCACUCCUUACAGCCACAUUUACCCGUUGGUUCAAGUUCAAAAACCAAGUUACGAAGGUAUGCUGGACUUCAGUAGCCUUUGCUCCAACGCAAGCCUCGCGACGCUACCGCACCCGAGUCCGUCGUUCCCGGUUCUCCCUCAUAUCCGGUCAGGUUUCGGUCAACCGGCGACCACGGCCAGCACAUUGGUUCUUCAAAUGGAGCACGAAAGAGAGAAGGGUAACUUAAGCCGGUGUCUGAAACUCGCGCAAGAACGAGAAGAGUUGGAAAGGGAGCUGCGGAGGUACACGCAAACUGACGAUUACGAGGAAGAGCCCAUGUGGAAGUAUCGGAGCAAUACGUUACCACACAAAGUCAGCUCGCAGCACCGUCCUGGUUCGUUCUCUUCCGCUUCUCUGCAUUGGGAAGCCUACCGUCUCACCUCACCGCCACCCACUCCCACGCCGCACUUGACCCGCUUUGGCUCGGUAAGUCCUUCCUGUUUUCAGAAAGAGCGUCUGGCGCGCACCCCUCCGAGCCAUGAGGGGGCAGAGCGCUUUUGUCAAAACGGAAGAUUAACUCUCCCACGUACCCCAUCAAAGAGACAAGAAAAGAGGGAUGCGACGCCAGAGGGUUUGGAGAAAUCAGCCAAUUCCGCCGUGAAAAUGCACGCGGGUGAGUCAUGCGGGAGGAGGCAGAACAGCUUUACAAUGCUGCCGUUCCAAGGCGAGAAAAUACCCUCAGAGAUGCCAUUCAGUAAUCGGAGUCUUGCCAACAUCUUCAAAAAUCUCAAACGGAGAUGUCGAGAUGAGCGUGGAUGAACCAGAUUCAAAUAGAUUUCCAGAUUCAACCCCAAAGCCGAUGCUACACCAAAGAAUCGCCUCGCAUGUGGAAAACGGAUGCGCUCUAUCCCGCAAAGAUCAGUGUCGCACCAUAAGGAGGAGUAAAAGCUUAAACAGCCGAAGUCCAGUUCCCAAAGGCGAGGAUGUCAAAAGGCCCAUGUCUCCGAGCGCAACUAAACGCGAAAGCUGGGAGAGAAAUCCAGCAAAACCCAAGGAAUCAAAGCGGAGAAGCCACAGUUUAGACUCCCGGAGGCGGAAGGACAACAACAACUUCCUGACACCAGAUGCGUGGAUAAAUUCGCUAAGCCAGGAAAACUGCGCCGAUUUAGCUCCGCCGAGACCGACCUCGCUCGUCUGGGAUCCGCAGAGCUCGCCAAGAAGAGCUAAAUCUCCGGCAAAUCCCAAUAAAAUCCGAACAAAUUCUCCGCAUCAGAGAUUAACGCCAAAUCACCUAUCGAGCGGGAAUUACGAGCCGAGGAGAGAUACGACGGCACAAGAUUAUAAUUACCACGAGGCUAUGAGGGCGGCCGGGCGGUACCUAGAGGCCAUCAAGAAGCCGUUUUUGGAAGAAGACGGGAGAUACGCUGAAUAUGAAGGAGAGGAGGAGGGCUACAGAGGGGUUCAGGAGUCUGGGAGCUAUAGCAGUUACGCCAGCAGCGGCAGAGGAAGCAUGGAAGCGCCCAAUAACAGGCUGUCAAUCUGCCAAAUGUCCCCCCACCCCACGAGAGUCUCCGGCCAGGAUGGAGGACCAGAUGAGCGGGCACAUGGAGCACAACCACAGCCGCUCCAGGAGGAAAGAGUCUGUGGAUGAGAACUACGAGUGGGACACAGCGGAAGUGUGCUCACAGACCGGGGAGCAUGACGGCCUGCUCCCUCCCCUGCCCCUCCAGAAGCCCGCGCUGUGCUGUAGCCCUCCCAGGAUGCACCUCACCGGCUCCGUGCUCGGGGGCCACCGCGGCUCCACGACUCCGCCCCAACCGGAGGCGGCCGUCCUGUUCUGACAGCCCACCCCCCCUCCCCGACCUGAGCACCGGCUGGUCCCGCUCAUCCUCGCACGGGGACAGGAAGCAGACGGGAAACGGACACUUGUGAUCGGACCGGGAAGAGAGAAUCGAGGACGUGCUUUGGAGGCUUUUGGGGAUAUUUUUAGGAACGCCGCAAUGACGUUUUAAAGGAGACGUCUUAUGUUGAACUGACUUGAGAUUUGAACCAUAUCGUUUCGUUUUGUCCAUUUUUUUUUGUUAUCUCCAGCUCAUUUUCAGAUUGCUUCACUCCUCACUCACUAUAGAUACUUUGCAGCUGAUUGUCGACAACAUUUCCUGGGGGUGUGGUGCUAAACUAACUUACUAACUAAAGGCACUACUCUGUCUGAAGCUCUGUUACUCAAGUUGGAUUUAAUCUGAUCUUUAUUUGAACACAAUCUGACCAGAAAGAACUGAGUUAGUUGGAAUGACAACUGAGCU